CAGUGUCAUUAAAAGUGAUAAAAACUACAGUUUCAGUCACCUCUGUGGAGAAAAAAGUUUCAUUAGCGCCACUAUAGAUGAGGCUACGUUUAUUAAUCCUUUGGGUGGGUCGUAAUUUUUUAUAGUGCUCAGACCAUUGCCAAAUUUUCAAAAUAAACCCAUUCAAAUGUCCUCUUAGCUUAGUCUUUUUGCCUUUGGAUGGGUCAAACGAAAAGGACUUAGGGUUCAUAAUGAAAGCAUAUUCAUAUGUCCAAGUUUUAAGAAUCUAUAACAAAGUUAACAAUGUAUCACCAGUCAAAUAUUUUGACAAAAAAAAUGUCAGACAAACUAUCCUGCAGUAAAUCAAACAACGAUCUUGCAAAUGUACCAAAAAGCAACCCUAAAGUAUCAGAAGCCCUUGAAAUACAUCCCAUACAUGUUGUCCCUUCUAAUCUUUUUCCAUCGUGCAGAAUAUGUCAGACGAACACACCCAAUGAACGCCUAAUUUCCCCAUGCAAUUGCAAAGGCACUUUGGCUUUUAUCCAUUUGAGCUGUUUGGAAAGAUGGCUGAACCAAUCUGGAAGGAACUUUUGUGAACUAUGCAACUUUAGAUAUGAAGCAAUCGAAACUCAAAGAUAUGGCCUAUGUGAAAGCCUACGCCUGUGGAUAUGCCAUCCAAGACAUAGACAUCAUAUAAGAUCAGAUUUCGUUAUAGCAAUCCUACUGUCCUUAGUGACAUCAGGCUUACUAUUUGUAUGCAUUUAUGGAAUGGACUACUUUGCUUUACAAGCUGAAAGGCUGGGACUCGAACAAAACUGGAUCAGAUUCAGUUUAGCCACAUUUUUGGCUAUAAUUUCGCUGGGGUACAUUGUGUCAAUAUUCUUGUUGCUCAGAGAUCAUCUGGUGCCAUGGUAUGCUUGGUGGGUUAGAACUGUGAAUAUCCGUUUACAAAUUCCUCAUAGAAGGGACAAUAAUAUACGUCCCGAAAUUAUAUAAAUACUAUAUACGAUAUUUACUUGAAAAAUAAAAUAUUUCAGAAGCAACUUACAGAAUCUUUGUCAUCGUACAGGGUCAAUACGCAAUGGCAUUUUGGACAAUUAUCUCCAUUAUUGACGGUCAACUUUCUGUUGCCAGCAAAAAAUGUAUUUUUAGCUAUUUCUUCACCUAUAGGUUCUAUUAUCAUGCGAUACUGGCGAUUUAUAUAGGUUUUUUCCAGUUCAGAGAAACUGAAAUAUUGUUGCUUGUAAAAUUUUACACAAUAAUAUUUAGCAAAAAAAACCUACCUAACUUUAUAUAAUUGAGAUGAAGCAGUCUCAUUGCCACAUUUAUAAGUCAUAAAAUUAGCCCCUUUUUCAGGUUUAUAAAGUUCUUUUACUUGUUCACAAUGGGGUAUAGGGAUUUUAGCUAAAACCUCCCCUGUCCUACCAGAAAUAAUUAGAAAAUAAAUCUGGAAGAGUUUAAAUAAUUAAUAAUCCUCAAACUAGUUUUUUUUCUAAAUAUACUUUUUCAAAUACACUAACUAGUUCCUCAACACCAUCAUUAUUCAAAUCAGGCAUUGUAACAGGCAAAUCCAAAUUCCUAACCCAUUUUUUCUCUUCAGAAGAAUGUGCAUGCCAUAAAGCUUGCCCGGAUAAUGUUUCUAUAGCUUUCAGGCCCUGAAAUAAUCAUUUGUAAAAUUGCAAAUGUAACUUCAAAAACUCACUUUGGGAUCAACAACAAGACAAUCCAAAGUCCCAUCCUGAUUGGUAUCGAUGAUACUGCAGUCCAUUUGGUCUGGUUCAACUUCUUGCUCGAAAUCCCAAGCCACGUUACCAGUUAAACCCAUAAACGAUAUAAUACCAUUUUUAAGGGGUUUAGGGCUGUUGAAGCUGCCUUUGUAAAGUAUCGCCAAAUUGAAGUUGGUUUUGUAUACACCAGUGUCAAGGUGAAUUGGUCCCUUUAACUCUAAGUUUUCUUGUUGAGAAUCCCAAUUUGAUAUUUUUAUUGGGCAAGUGUGUAGUUCGGAACAGGGUAAAACCCAAAGGAAAAUGCAUAUGGGUAGGAAACAAAGAAUAAUUGAUGCUAUAA